UAGAGUGAGACAGCAAACUUUAUAAUCAAAAUGGCGUUUCGAUUGAGAAACGAGUGAUGUCUACGUGGAUGUUGUAUAGACAGUGUGAUAAUAACGUCAAAACGUAUUGUUGAGUAUCGAGAUAAAUAUCAAAAAUUGAUAUAAAAAUUAAGAAACAAACUAAAACAAUGGGCGAUCCGAAACCCCAACACGGCGCUCAUGAAAUGAAAGGUUGGCUUUUCAAGUGGACUAAUUAUCUAAAAGGUUACCAACGGAGAUGGUUUGUUCUGUCAAAUGGCCUUCUGUCAUACUAUAGGGCUGAACCGACAGGGGGGCCAAAGAUAUCAACGAGACGCAAGCGGAGAGCUGGCAAUGCCUCCGAAAAUCCUGCGGAAAUGGCCCACACUUGCAGAGGAGCCAUAUCACUUCAUGGGGCCUUAAUUCACACAGUCGAUGCAUGUACUUUUGUUGUAAGCAAUGGUGGAACUCAAACAUUUCACAUCAAAGCAUCAACAGAAGUUGAACGACAACAAUGGGUGACUGCUUUGGAGCUUGCUAAAGCUAAGGCAAUACAGGCAAUGGAGUCAGAAGAAGAGGAGGAUGAGUACCACGACAACGACAAUCAGAAAGGAGAAAACACUUCAAUAAUCAAAGAUUUGACGGAGCGAUUAGAAGAUUUACAAUCGUGUAAUGAGCUAAUAUCGAAGCGAGGGACUAUGUUGACUCGUUCCCUGGUAGAGCUUGAAUCACUUGAACCAACUAGUCCUGACAUGGCUGCUAAAAUCAAGACGGUCAGUGAACGUGCAGCGUUAUUCCGUAUUGCUGCUAAUGCAAUGAUCAGUACAAGUAAUGACUAUCUACAAUUAGCACAGCAACAAGAGCCUAAAUGGAAAAAAAUGCUUCAACAUGAAAGAGAUCAAAAGGUACGAAUAGAAAAGAUGGUUGAACAACUUGCACGUCAACAUUCUCAUUUAGAAGAAGCGGCACAACAUGCGAUACCAACUGGAAUGACUACAGGAAACCACCGAAUAUCACAAUUGGUUGUGUUAAUAGAUGCUGUAACAAAUACUUCACCAUCUGAGGACGAAGAAGAUAACGUAGAAUUUUACGAUGCCCAAGAGUCAGAUACAUUUACAUUAACCAUACCAGGAAGUACAUCAAAUAAUUCAUUAUCGCGGGAACGAACUAGAAACGAUUCACAAGGAAGUGAUGAUGGUUCAAGCUCAGAAGGAGACCAUGCACCUAUGUCUAGUAAUGAUCCCUCUAGAGCUGAUUCAUUUCUUAUUGUGACCGAUUCAUCAGCAUCGCCACAUACCUCAAGAAUUUCUACAGAACUGGAGAAUACUUGGAAAGCUAAUGAUGGCAGCAGCGGCACCGGGGUAACAUCAGUAAGUAAACGGAAACGAAGAACUCGGGUACCAGAAAAGCCUAAUUAUCCACUAAAUUUAUGGAGUAUUAUGAAAAAUUGUAUUGGCAAAGAAUUAUCAAAAAUUCCAAUGCCAGUAAAUUUUUCUGAACCUCUUAGUAUGCUUCAACGUUUAACAGAAGACUAUGAAUAUGCAGAAAUCCUUGACAGAGCCGCAGAGUGUACAGACAGCUGUGAACAAAUGGCAUAUAUUGCAGCUUUUACAGUCUCCAGUUAUUCAACUACUGCUUCUAGAACUGGAAAACCUUUCAAUCCUCUUUUAGGUGAAACUUAUGAGUGUGAUAGAACAGAUGAUCUUGGCUGGCGUGCUAUUUCAGAACAAGUUUCCCAUCAUCCGCCUAUGGUUGCUCAAUUUUGUGAGGGUCGAACGUGGCGAUGUUGGCAAGAAUUUACCAUGGCUUCCAAAUUCCGUGGAAAAUACCUUCAAGUUAUUCCUUUGGGUACAGCACAUUUAGAAUUUAAUAACAGUAAAACUCAUCAUUAUACGUGGCGAAAAGUUACAACUACAGUGCAUAAUAUAAUAGUGGGAAAAUUAUGGGUAGACCAAAGUGGUGAUAUGGAUAUUAUUAACCACGGUGAUGGAACUAAAUGUCAUCUCAAGUACAUUCCAUACUCUUAUUUCUCACGAGAUAGUCAACGAAAGGUAAAAGGCGUUGUAAUGAAUGCAAAUAAAGAAGUCAAAUGGGUUGUACAGGGUACAUGGGAUUCAAAAAUUGAAAUUGCACCUGUUAUUAGUACCUCAGGUAGUCCAGAUAAUCCUGUAUAUAAAACUGGACCUUAUACUCUCGCUUGGAAAAGGAAAAUGCCUCCAGAGGAUUGUGAGAAAUAUUACUCGUUUACGGAAUUAGCAUGUCAAUUGAAUGAACCAGAAGAUGGUGUUGCUCCGACAGAUUCUCGACUAAGACCAGAUCAAAGGUUAAUGGAAAAUGGAUUGUGGGAUGAAGCAAAUGCUGAAAAAUUGCGUCUUGAAGAGAAACAAAGAGCUGUACGACGUGCACGCGAAAGUGAAGCAGAAAAAACUGCAGCACAGGGAUUACCAUAUCAUGGAUAUGAACCAUUGUGGUUUACUAAGCAAGAAGAUAAAUUUACCGACAGCUUAUGUCAUGUAUACAAUCAUGAAUAUUGGGAAUGUAAGAAUAAAGGUGACUGGUCACGUUGUCCGGAUAUAUUCUAAAUUAUCAAUAAACAGAGUUAUCAUGGAUAUUCAGAAUUUUUAUAUAAAUAUCUCAAAAAUAAAUUCUAUUAAAAUAUGUGACAAUUAAGAAAAA